AUGUACGCUGCACAGGAUUACGCACACAACUUGCUUGGCUGCAUGAGGUGUAGAUUCCACAGCAGAUGGCGGAGGUACUUAAGCCGAACGCGCAUCCAUCCAUCGAGCAUCAAACCCUGCCCCCGUCGUGCCGUAUUACCAAUUUCCCCACAUACCCAGGAUGCCCACAAACUUCACCCCCACUCUCCUCCCCCUCACCUCCAUCCGUCUCGGUCGUCUCCUCCUCAAUCGCACCACCCCCACGAGUCCUACCACGACCCUCCCAACACUCCGGACCCUCUCGUUACCCCUCAAAAGAACUACUACAACAUCAUCUCCUCCACGAGCACCACCACGCUGCGGACAUGUCUCACCAAACUCCUGUCAGCUCGGUACAACAGCACCCAGACGGCGAAUAUCGACCUCUCUGCAACAGAGGCAUACACGUACUCUAUGGAUAACAGCACGAGAUGGUUUAGGGAUGCGUGCGGUGACGAGGCGGUCAGAGAAUGGCUGCAGGAGGCGGUGGAAGAUGGCGACAGCGUGUAUUUGGUGGUUGGUUUUCAUACUGUCGUUGAUGCGGUGGUGGCGGUGAAUGAUAAGGAUAGUGGGGGAUUGGGGGGGUCCGCGACGGAGGGAGAGCUGUUGGGGGUGGAGGUGGGGCGUAAGGGGGGUACGGUUCAACGGAGGGGGUGGCUUGCUGAAGGAGAGCAGGUGUAUGCGGUGCAAUAUCGGAAGAUAGGGUUUAAGUGGUUUUCUAGUAAGGUGGAGAAGGGGGUGUUGGGGAAGAAUCGGUGGAGGGUUUGUUUUGGGAGAGGGAAGGAAUAUGAGGAGGAUAGUGUCGAGGUGGUGUUGGAGGAGGAGCAGAGUGAGGGCGAAGGGGAAGGGGAAGGGGAAGGGGAAGGGGAAGGGGAAGGUGAGGUAUGGGUUGGGGAGGAUGGAGAGCGUUUGGCUGUUUUGUAG